AUGGCCGUCGGCGAGGAGGUCAAGCUCUCCAUCUCCGGCGCCGCCCUCGCGGCGCUCCUCCACCGCUGCGGGGCCGCCGCGGGUGACUGCGACGGCCUCCUCUUCGGCCGCGCCCACCGCCCCCCUCCGCCGGCUCCCACCCUCUCCGACUACGACGACCAAGCCCCCGCCGCCCCGUGCCUUUUCAUCUCAAUCUCCGGCCACUCCUCCCUCUCCCACCCCUGCUCCCUCUCAGAUCCCCUCGGCCGCCCCAACCCGCCGCCACCCUCCUCCCCUUGCCCCCUCGGCUUCUUCUCGUCCCGCCGGCGCACCCCUCUCCGCGCCUCCAUGCGCGAGCACGCCCUCGCGUGCUCCCUGUCCAAAACCCUAUCGCCCCUCACCCACCCGCUCCUCUUCAUCCUUGUCUCCCCCUCCGCUUCCGACGACCUCUCCACCCACUCCUUCGACUACCGCGCUUUCCUCCUCGUCGGAUCCCGCCUCGUCCCGACCUCGCUCACCGUCGUCAACGUCGGCCCCGGCUUCCGGGACCAGUACCACUCCUUCGCCCCGGAGUCGCCCUUCCCGUUGCUGACGACUCAGCCGCCGCCGGCGGCGCCCCAAGCAGAGGAUGCUUACAGCAUUGGGGAGCAGAAGGCCGUCGAUGCGAUGGUGGACGGGUUUGGGCUGGGGAGGCUGCAAGGGCUCGUCUGCGCUGCAGCUGGGCAGGCGGCGGAGAUGGAUAGCAUGUAUGCCGGGAUGCUCCAUAGGAUGGAGAAGCUCGCAAGGGAGGUGGAGAAGAGCAAUCACCGCGUGCUCGACCAGGAAAAGCGGAACCUGGUGCUGAGGUACAAGACAGCGGGACUGCAACUGCAAUAA